UUGCUGUAUGUGUGGAGACAGGGGGGUGCAACAUACACUUCUCAAUUCGUGACGCCAGGGCACCGUUAGCCUAUACAUGGUCCGAGGUGGAGACAGCUUCUCCUGGGCCAGGCACGGGGGGUGGGGGUGUGUAAGAAACACACGGACAUCAGUUACGGAUAACUCUUUACUGAGCAGGUGUAGAUGGUAUUACACACAGUAUGGAGCAGAGUAGAAGGGAUGCAGUGUAACCCUUGGGAACCCUGUUUCCUUGCUAGGGCUUAUGGUGUUUUUCACCCACUAGAAUUAUACAGACUUGAAGAUAUCCCACGCUGACUAGGGUUCUGACAAGGUCCUAUUACUAACACCGCCAGGGUAUGACUUAGCGCUGUACAGGGGAACACUUGCAGAAUGGCAGGGCUGACUUGAGAAGAUAUUUUCCUUGGGCUUUUCUUCGGAUUCACCACACACAGUUUCCACCUCCUUUCCACACUGGACUCGGCACACACUAAAAUGGGGCAACUCCUCACCCCUACACUAUAUACAGGAGAAUUUGGGGUUCUCACUGGGCAGACAGGGUUACCUGGUUACUAUUGCAUCUCCUCUUAAAAGGUACAGUAAAUAACAAUGCAUUAUUUAUCAUGUACAUGCACUUUAUUAUAUCCACUGUAACAGUGGGCCCAACACGAGCAGCAGACAUGCCCAACACAAGAGCAGCAGACAUGCCCAACACAAGAGCAGCAGACAUGCCCAACACAAGAGCAGCAGACAUGCCCAACACAAGAGCAGCAGACAUGCCCAACACAAGAGCAGCAGACAUGCCCAACACAAGAGCAGCAGACAUGCCCAACACAAGAGCAGCAGACAUGCCCGAGAAGAGCAGCAGACAUGCCCAACACAAGAGCAGCAGACAUGCCCGAGAAGAGCAGCAGACAUGCCCAACACAAGAGCAGCAGACAUGCCCAACACAAGAGCAGCAGACAUGCCUGAGAAGAUCCGCAGCCCACAGGACAGCCUUUGGUGUUCAGGAAUCUACACUGAUAUAUGCUGUAUUUUGGGGUUAUACUAAAGCAAAUUUAACUACGGACAAAUUUGAGGAAAUUGCCCUAAGGGAGUCAGAAAUCAUGUUGUGCGGAGGAUCAGAGAACAUGAGCCAAGCCCCAUAUGCCGUGCGCAACAUUCGCUUUGGUACCAAAUUGGUAGCCGAUAUUAAGAUGGAAGACACCCUGUGGGCCGCGCUCACAGACUCCAUGAUAAAGACUACCGUGGCCAUUACAGCCGAGAAUCUGGCAGAAAAAUAUGGCAUCUCCAGAGAGGAUUGUGAUAAAUAUUCCUUCCAGACUCAGCAGAGGUGGAAAGCCGCUCAGGACGCUGGAUACUUUACCGCUGAGAUGGCUCCUAUUGAAUUGAAGUCAAAGAAAGGACCAAUUAAAAUGGAUCAGGAUGAACAUCCACGACCCCAGACAACCCUGGAACAGAUGGCAAAACUGCCCCCGGUGUUCAAGAAGGAUGGUGUGGUGACUGCAGGGAAUGCAUCGGGAAGCUGUGAUGGAGCUGGAGCUGUCAUUCUAGCUAGUGAGGAAGCCACCACCAAACACAAGCUCACUCCACUGGCCAGGAUUGUAGCCUACCAUGCAAGCGGAUGUGAACCCAAGAUCAUGGGCAUUAGUCCUGUCCCUGCCGUUACUGAAGCAUUAAAGAAGGCCGGCCUGACCCUGAAGGACAUGGAUUUGGUGGAGAUGAAUGAGGCUUUUGCUGCUCAGUACUUAUCAGUGGAGAAAGCCUUAGGCCUGGACCGUAUGAAGACCAAUGUCAAUGGUGGCGCCAUCGCCCUAGGACACCCUUUGGCCGCCUCCGGAUCCCGAAUCAUCACUCAUCUGACUCAUGAGCUCAGACGUCGCGGUGGUAAAUAAGCAGUGGGGUCGGCCUGUAUCGGCGGAGGUCAGGGUAUCGCCAUCGUCCUGGAGAAUCUUGCAUAACUUCUGCACCGCUGCCCUGAAUGAGCAGUGGGAAUGGUCUAACUAAUAUGAGAACUGUUCUAGAAUAAUACAGCCCUGACGUGCCUGGUGAUCGAGCCAUAUAUCAAGCUAAAAUCCUAUAGGACUAGACUGUCAGCUAGAGCCCUGCGUGGGACUGGUUUUUCAAUCCUGCUCCCGUUGGCUCCCGAUGUUUUUUUUUGACCAAUCCCACCCACUGUCGCUGAAAUGUUUGUCCAAUCCCGCCUGCUCCCGCUAACAUAGGAGGGGACAGACACUAGGGUGCAAUGCUCUGCAUAUACUCCCCAUGUAUGGCAGUGUGUGUAAUACACACAGUGUGCAGUAUGUGCAGAGCUUUGCACUCUAGUGUAUGUACAGAUGUGAAUAGCAGGGACUGUGCAGACUCAGAGGCCCUGGGUCACUGACCAAUGUAAUGUUCUGCACAUACCUGGCAUAUGGGGAUGUAUAAGGGCUCUUUUUUUGCGCCAUGGUCUGUAGUUGUUAUUGGUACCAUUUUGUUUUAAUAGGACUUUUUGAUUGCUUUUUAUUAUUUUUUAUGACAUAUGAAGUGCCCAAUACAUGUUCCCCAAAGCACUUCACCCACUCACACCUGUUGCGCCAGUGUUGUCCCACAUAAUACAUGUUCCUCCAGUGCCCCACUCACACCUUUUGCUGCUUUUCUGAUCCUUGCGCCACUGCUGCUCCUCCGGCCACUGCUGGUCCUGCUUGCUGGCUCCACCAUCUAUUCUGGUGGUAUACAGGUUGCUGGCCCGCUACUCACAACGCUGCUGCUGGCUCCGUGCUCUUGCUUGCCCCACAGAUUUUCCUCCUUGCUGCUCCUCUCAUCCACGCCUGCUCGCCCCACAUGCCUGUCCUUCCUGUUGCUCCAUUUGGAUCUCCACGCCGCUGGCCCACUCCUCUAGAAUAAUGCAGCCCGCGCUUGCUCCACAUGCUGUGUAAAGGGUGGCAUGGAGCUAACUUCCAAAAGCCGUCGCUGUUCACAGUAGCGACUUUUGGUCUUCAAAAAAAUGGUGGCCAGCUCCUUGUAAGUUGUGUUCUGUGCAAGUCCACGCACCUGCGCAGAACACAUCUUAUUGUAA